AUGUCUACCAUUGCCUCUCCACGCCCAUCGAUAUCACUCUCCUCCCGCCGAAAUUCAGCAUCCUCUACCACGAUCAUUACCUCCAACACGACAAACACCACCAACAGAGGAGCUCCGUCAGGCUCAGGAACCGCAGCAGAGAGAGGCGCACUCCGCCGCAACCGCGCCGCUCUCCGAGACUACUACAACCUCCAGCCCGUCUCCGCCUCCUCACCCGCCACCUCGACCCCCGAACUCACCACCACCCCAACUCUCGACCCAACCCAAGAAAGCGAACUGGACAAGCCGGGCUUCAACACCUCAAGCUACAUCUCCAAUCUCCUCUCCACGGAAAACCUCGAAAAUGUUCUCCGCGUGGAAGCAGGCCUCGUAUCAGACAUCCGGACCCUAGAUGGAGAGAAGAAAGCGCUGGUAUAUGACAAUUACAGUAAAUUGAUAGCUGCUACGGAUACGAUUCGACAUAUGCGGGAGAAGAUCGAUCCUUUGACGCCUACUACUAGUACGUUGAGCCCGGCUAUUGGACAUAUUGCGGAGACUGCUUCGGCUCUGACGCAAGAUUUGAGGAGGGCGAAUGGCGGGGCCAAGGAUGCGGGGAAAGAGAGGCAGAGGGCGUUGGUGAGGUGGGUGUUGAGUGCGCCGGAAAGGAUCGGAGCACUGGACGGUGAGCAGGCGGAGAAAGAGUGGAAGCAGGUGGAUGCUGUCUUGGAGAGGUGGGAAGGCGUCAAAGGCGUGGAAGAUAUCAGACGACGGUGUCUGGAAGCGCUUUAG